GCGCAACUGUUGGGAGGAGAGUAGGCUGAAGUAAUACUUUGCACAGAUUAAACAUAAAGUUAAGCUUUCCCCAGCUGAAUAUUACACCAAAAGGAAUGUAGUUUGCGAUUAAAGCUUCGCGCACCUGCUUAAACAGUUACAGGACAUUGUGAAACAUUGCGCGCAGGGCUGAUGUAUGUUAACGCUUAUGUUGCGCUUAUUCAUACGAGUCAAUCACUGCACGCAUUUCUCCAAAUGCCAAGCGCGUGCACUCAGAUUGUGAGAAUGGGUGAUUCACACACACACACUGCAUCCUGCCCGCCCCAUGCCCCGGUGAUCGCAAAGCUCGCCUAAUAACUUUCUCUUGCACCUUUCUGAAGAAGCAGUAUGGAGUUACGUCACACCCGCGCGCAAAAGUGCAGCCCAAGCAAAUAAGCCGCUGAGGAGCUAUUUGUGGGCAUUGCUGCCAAACCCGGGUAAGGCUGCUCACUCUUCUGCGAUCAAUGCUUUAAACCUGCUGCAGCACUGGAAGCAGCAUGCAUAACUUUUCUGAUUUAUUCUGGAAUGAUUGUGUUUGGAGAACUUGACCAGGAUCCGUAGAUGACCGGCGGCCGGUGCGCGCAACAACGCAAUUAGAUCCAAUUCAAAAAAUCACAUUCACAGACAAUCGAGCGCGUGAAGGAGCGUGACAUGAUGACGAUUCUGCAUGGUUUAGCAGAGAUAUCGUUACUUUUUAUCAUCACUUUCGAUUAGAUCCUUUCUUCUUCUUCAUCUUCUUCUUUGUGAAAUAAUCAUGCCACACUCUCGCAACAGGAACCCAAGUCCGAUCCCAGAGGUGACAUGGGACACGGGGUUGAAAGAGAUGAACGAGACCUGGAAGGGGGCUAUUGCUUGCUUGGGAGUCGCGGUCUUUUUUGUCAUGACAAUUGGGAUCAUUUAUUGGCAAGUUGUGGAUCAGCCCAACAAGAACUGGAUCCUGAAGGGGAGCUUUAGUGGGCUUAUUUGGGAGAGACGGACGCAAACUCUUGUCAUACAGACACUGACUGAGGACAAGACUUUUGCGGAGAUAGACGUGGAGAAUGUGGGGAACACCGAUAUUGAGGUUCCGUUCGUGAGGAACAUGUGCUGGCUUAACAAAACCGAGUUCUGCUACACUUGGGAUUCGGUCGCAGAGGUGAGGAUCUCUUUGGAAUCAGAGGAAGACUCAGAUACCGAGUGUUACAGUGUAACCUGGACUCCAAUUCACUGUCAUGUGGACCUGAAGGACUGUUUCUCCAUGGUGAAUAUUUCGUGGUAUGGAGGUGCCAGUGUCCGUGCACCCAACUGGCCAAUAAACGAUGCCAACAUUUCCAUGCAGCACUUCACAGUCAGUGACCUUAGGGACAACCCUUCUGGCUUCGGAUCAGUCUUAGAACGCUACUUCCUGGGAUCCUCAGGUGUGUCAGUUCUAGUGGCUCCGAACAUCCCACUUCACGUAGGAAUAGAGAGCAGACAGCAGUACUGUUUGCAGACGCCGCCCAGUAUGGAGCGCAUGCCGCUGCAGUACACCGUGUGUGUUGGACACAACAUUCGAGCCGUCCAUCAGAAGUCAAUGCAGCAGCUCUCCACAGCCAGACGAGAACUGCCAAACAUGGAUGUCUUACGGCUGCCCUUCUGGAAGCUUCUAGCAAACGUGGACUCGGGGGCCAAGCUAGAGCGAGAGCUGAGGACCUUCUCAAACCGGCUGAAGCGGCAUCACCUGGGGGAGGGAGUCAUCAGCCUCGACGAACAUUCCACUGCUCUCCUCGCCAACAUGGACCACAGCUACCUCAAUAGCAAGAAAAAGACGUCUAAGAGACAGAAGAGGGACCUCCCUUUUGUGAAGCUUUUAAACAUUUCCAUCACCCUGUCCCCGUACCUGGGCGUGGACUCGCAGCAGUUCCAGACCUCCAUUCAGGAAGGCAUUGAAGACUACUGGCUGAGUCUGCCCUCAGGAGCACAGGCCCGACCGGUGCCUCUGUUGACUCAGUGGAAAGGAAAGUACAGUGUGAAGCUUAACAUCUCCAACCCAGAAGCCACAAAUUGGUUAUUGGACAAAGUGGACAGCUUGCAUAGCCAUUUGGGCAUGGAGUAUGUCAUCCUGGAAGGCGGUGAGGGAAACCCUUUCGAGGAACAAGUCCUGCGCCCCCCUCUGGCAUGGGUUGGGGAUGAAUACAUCAGACUCUUGGCCGACCUGGCAGAGAGGAUAGGGGACAACACCAUUGUGACCUCAGGAACAAGGUCCAGCCACAAAGCGCUCUUCAUCCGUACGAGUGCACUGCAGUCAGACUGGAGUUACUCUGGCCUCAAAGGCAUCAUUCCAUCCCUGCUGCAUCACAGUCUUCUGGGAUAUAAUUUCUUCAUUCCUGAUGCAGUAGGAGGCUCACUCUCUGCCGAACUGGUUGCCGAUGAUGAGCUCUUUGUUCGCUGGCUGGAGAUCGCAGCCUUUCUUCCUGUCAUCAGCUUCCAGACACCUCCAUGGGUCUUUGAGAAGGAAUGGGUCUUAAACCUCACCAGAUUCUACAUAGCCAAGCACCAUGACUUUGUCAUUCCUUUGAUACUGAAAUACGCAGAGGAAUGGCAGGAUACCGGAAACCCCAUCUACAGGCCGCUGUGGUGGCUCAGUCCAAACGACCCGAUCACGUUCACCAUUGAUGAUGAGUUUCUCAUUGGAAAUGAGGUCCUUGUUGCGCCGGUUACUGAAAAAGGAGCUUUACAAAGAGACAUUUACCUGCCGGAGAGUGACUUUCAGUGGCAGGAUGCUAACAAUGCUCAAAUGUUUGAUGGAGGGACGUUUCUGGAAAGUUACCCGGUCAGCCUUGGGGACGUGGCAGUGUUUGUACGAUGGAGAUCCUGAGGCUUACUUACAACUUUUUUUCUAUUGUUGUAGAUUUUUGUGCUGAUCUCAAAUUGCACUUUCCAUAAAGACCAUUAUCUGUGUCUCAAGAAAUCUUGAGAUUAGGUAGAAGAUAAUUUGCACUUUAAAAAUCUGUUCUCAUGAUUUUUAGAUCCCUCUUGUUUUUCUCCGCUACUACAUACUACUUCAUAAUAAUUCAUAAGAUUUUUUGGGACUUUUUUCUUCAGAACGCAGUUUACAUUUGAUAGAUUCUUACAGCCUCUUAAAUUGUUAUCAUGACAUGGAGCUAAAAAAUAAAAACCCUUUGCUUAAAAACAAUCAAUGGAAUUUUACGAAGACCAAACAAUCAAAGAAAGAAAAAAAAAAAAAAAAACUAAAUUGAGAAAGACUCUACAAGGAAAAACCAAUGCGCUAAAUGGAUGAAGAUGAAAGUGCGCUAAACAUCACUCAUCUUAUCACAGCGGGGUUUUUACUAGAACUUUGCUGAAUAUUUUACUGUAGUUUUGUAAUGUUUUACCUGUACCUCAAGUUCUCAUGGUGUUUUUGACAUGUUUUUCGACAUGAACUGUGAGAGAAGCACUUACUGAUAGAGAAGACUGAAAUUAAGGGUUUUUAGAGUGAAUGGCACUAUUAUUUUUGUCUACAAAAGAAUAUUGAAGAUCAUUAGUAUUAGAUUUAGAAUGAUUAGUAGUAGAAUGUGAGCCAAUGUCAAACAAAACUUUCAUAGCUGUACAGUCUUAGUUAAAUGCAACACACAACACAAAGGACAAAUUGUUAUUUCAUAAUUAUGGUUUUUGAGAGAUUUUGAUAUGAUGCUGAUUUUAAUACUUGUUUGUCUAGCUUUACAAUUGACCAGAUUAUCCAAUAUGGUAUUUUUAGAUCUUGAGUAAUUCAUAGGACAUUAUUGAAGGUAGAAUUAUAGUUUUGUAUUUAUAUCAAUUCAGACUAAACUUCAUCAUUCAUUGCCUUAACUUUGGAAAUACUUUAGUGACUGCAGUGGCAUUUGUACAUUUUGUACUCUUGUUUAAAAUACGUGGUUUUAUGAAAUUUUUGCUAAUUGUUAUAAAGCUGAAUUCCGCCAUUACAAAGUAUUUGGGAUAUCGGAUGUAGAUUUUUUUAUAGCCUGAGGGCAACAUUUGUCCUGUAGAAUUGUGGUUUAAUGAGUUUGGGCAAAAUGCAGAUGCAUUUUAUAAUAAUUUGAUAGAGGUGGUAUAUGGCAAGCUGUUUUAACAUUUAAUCUAUAACACACUAAUAUAAUCUAAUAAUACACUAGUAUGUAGUUUCAUGCUACUAGUGCUUUAUUUGCUGCUAGUAUAUAUUCCAUUAUGCAUUAAUACAUACUUUUUGGCUUCUAGUGAUUAUUCUUUAUGCUUAUUUCAUAUUUAAAAGAUACUAGUACUUAUUCAUUAGAUUCUAGUAUCAAUUAAAACAAGAGUUUAAGAGUAGGAAGAGUUUUUUUACUAGUAAGUUUUUUAAUUGAAAUCUACAGUAGCCAUUUUGACUAGUCAUAACAUAAGACAAGUUAAAAAGCAGUUGUGACUAGUAUAAGAUUUGUUUCUGGUAACAACUUAAAAAGAUUCUAUUGUCUAAUACCCACUAGUACCUAAUUAAUAACUAGAAGUAUCUAUUAAACAGUAUUGAUUAAGUACUAGUGUCUAAUGAAUAGUUACUAGUAAAAUGUAAAAGGAUACUGGUCACUAUUCGAAUACAUAGUAGUCAGAACUGAUUAGUUGAUAUGUUAAUGACAGAUUCCUAUAGUCAAUGUAAAAAUUUGAAAUGCGUUACUAGUGACAAUAGUUAAUAGUUACACUUGAAAUAAGUACAAGUAUCUAAUGAAUAAGAACUGGUAUCUUUAAAAAGUUACUAGUACCUAAAGAAUAAGCACUAGUAGCUAAUGAAUAAGUACUAGUAGCAAACUAAUAAGUUCUAGUAACUAAAGAAUAAGCUCUAUAAGCUAAUGAAUAAGUAACUAAAGAACAAGCACUAGUAGCUAAUGAAUAAGUACUAGUAGCAACUGAAUAAGUACUAGUAGCUUUAAAAUAGAUCCUAGUAUGUUUUAAUGAUUAAAUGUUAAGACAGCGUGCCAUAAGUGCUGCUACUUUCACUCAUCUUUUGAGUCUUUAGUGCCAUGACAAGGUCCAAACUCUGAGCAUUGGUCCCCACAGUAAAACACUAAAUCACAAUCACCUCUGUGUGAAUCUACAGCGCAGAGAGAGAACGAGAACUUGAUCAGUAUCACCUGAUACGUGUGGCCUACAGGGAAUGUCCUCUUAAUCCUCACUGUGAUUUUGAAUGUUUACUGUAUCUGCAGGUUUCUCAGGUCAAAGAUAACAAAUCCAAGAGAAAGAAAAUGUCUUACACCCCAGCACACUGUUGAUGUCUUAAUCUCUUGAUGCUCUUUUCAUUUGAGCAUUUACAGAGAGACUAAUUGUGAUGAUCUUAUACAGAGUGGUGUUUCGAGAGCCUUUUUUUUUUUUGCUUGUAUUUUUUAUUAAAAUGCUGUGCUAUGAAAAUGAAAUGCUGAAAUGUUCCCUGCUGAGCAAUCUUUGACUUUUUUUUAGGAAUCAGGUGCCGCAAACCAAUCAGAAGUAUGCAUAUAUCACAUGACUGUAUGACAUUUUCUGUCUUCUGUUAAUCUGAAAAAUAGAUGUCAAUCUGCAAUAAAGUUUACAUUUUGUUACUGUUGGA